AGAGGUUGAUGAGUGUGCUCUUGGGACUGAUCGUUGCAGCACAAAUGCCUUAUGUACAGACAUAUCUGGUGGCUAUAGAUGUACAUGUAAUGCUGGAUACAUUGGUGAUGGUUUCACAUGUUUGGACUAUAACGAAUGUCUUCAAGGAGAAUUCGACUGUUCCCCACUGGGAUAUUGCCUUAAUGUACCCGGAAGUUACACGUGCAAGUGUCAAAUAGGGUACCUAGGCGAUGGAGUGACAUGCGAAAGUAAGGAGUUCAUCAUUUUUUACAUAAGCUUAUUUAUUUUUUCAUUUCGUCUGACAAGCUCACUGCCCAGUGAAUUUGUCAGACUAUCCAAGAAAAUUCGUAUGUGUUUCUGUCUGACAAUAUCACCGCGGUAGCACAAAUCCACUAUCUUUAGCUUCUUCAUUUAGCGUUUCCUAAAGCUCCCAUUAAUGUUCCAUUUGGGGAAUUAUUCUCGAAAACGGUUGUAUUGGAUGUAACCCGCCACUGUCCAUCCUUCAUAACUAUAUUUUUAAGUUCACCUUGUGAUUUAGCGGUUCUAUAGUAAUACGGUAAGUUACAA